GGAAGGUGAACGUGGACAAUCUGGGUGCGUUGGGGUAGAGGAAGGAGUUUUGCAUGUUAGCAAUUUGGGGUUUUUGAUUGUUUGAUUUAGGGGAAAUCUGAUUGUUUAAAUAAGAGGUUUAAGAGUUUGAUUUAUGGGUUCUUUGGAUGGUCAAUCAUGGGGUUUGGUUUUUUGUGUGUGGGCAUCUAAGAGAAGGAGAAGAAGUUGUAAUUGGUUUUUUCUUCCUUCUUCCAACAACGGUGGUGACUACAGACGAGGCGGUGCGAUAGAGAUGGCGGUCGGAUUCCAUCUUCCUCUUCAAGUCGGGCGGGGUUGGAUUCCUUCUUCCUCGUCAAGUUGGUCGGAUUUCUUUCUUGUUCUGGAAAUUUCUGUUCAGGACGAGUAAGAGAGGAAGUCGGAGAAGGGUAAAAUAAUGAGGGCAAACAUGUACUUUGAGAAAAUACAUCAUUCCAAUUGUCUCAUGUCAAAUAACUAGUCAAACAAGACAAUUGU